GUUUAGUUCAGGGUCACACUUGUCAAAAGUGAGGAAAAUAGUUAAUCAGCUAGAAUUUUUAAAACUGAUAGUUCUUGAUGCCGAUUGAUAUGAAUUUAUCUAUAUUUUGUAAAUUACAAAAUGAUUUAUCUAAUAUUUGAAAAUAUUUAAAAUGUUAACAUUACGGAUAUUUUUUCCAAGUAGUUUUUACUUUUAUCUGGUCUAUAAUUAUAAUAAAUUGUAACUAAGUGUAAACUGGAAAGUACAUCCUUACCAUACUACAUUUAACGUGGAAUAAUUAAACAAGUUAUGCAGUCUUCUCAAACAUCGUCUCAAGAGUUUGCCACUCAAUCUCCAACUAUUAAAACUGUAAAGGAUGAGAAAAAAGGCGGCCGUACUAUUUUACAAAUUGUUCCAAAGUUGCCAUCAACAGAUUCUCUAAGCAAUAGUCCUGGACCAGUUAGUCCUGGUUCUCACAGCUUUCAAGACCGUUCAGAAGGCACAUUCACUGAAAAGGCAAGAAAUUAUUAUUCUGUCAAAGUUUUCAAUUUAAAUAAGAACUGUUGGCAGGUUUCAGAUCCAAAAUUAACAAGAAAGGAAUCGUACAAGGCACAAAGAAAAAAUUAUCGUAAAGAAAAAAAAAGGGUUGCAAAUGAAUUACUUAAUUCUUUAAAAGAUCCAUCUGUUGUGGUUCUUGCUGAUUGGUUGAAGAUAAGAGGAACUUUAAAAUCGUGGACUAAGUUGUGGUGUGUUUUAAAACCAGGAUUAUUAUUAUUGUAUAAAAGUCCUAAAUGCAAAAGUAGCCAUUGGGUAGGAACAAUUCUCUUGAAUUCAUGCAAGGUUAUUGAAAGGCCAAGUAAGAAGGAUGGAUUUUGUUUUAAAUUAUACAAUCCAUUGGAUCAGUCGAUUUGGGCACCCAGAGGUCCAGAGAAUGAAGCAAAAGGAGCUGUUUUUCAACCUCUGCCUACUUCAUAUUCAAUAUUUCGUGCAUCAUCUCAAGCUUCUGGUAUGUGCUGGUUAGAUGCUUUAGAGUUGUGCUUAAGAAACGAUUCAGCUUUGAUCCGUUCCAUAAGUACAAAAUCCUCAGGGGACAGUACUAGUCAUGAAACCCAGUGGUCAGAGGCUGACUAUGAGAAGCAUUUCAUCCAUGAUUUGAGUGAUGCUAGUCAACCAGAGAAUGGGGCUCAUUUAAGCACCGGCGAAGUCGACUUAACAGAAUCGGAGUCUGAAGUGUCUGCUAAAGAGGAAGAAAUUGAUGAAGAACCGCAACAAACGCCAUAUAUUCCCAAUGCAGAAGAAGAAUUUGGAGCAGCUGGUGAGCAAAUUGAAGAAUUAGCUGAAGAACAUAAAUCUCUUAUAUGGUAUUUAGUUAAACAAGUUCGACCCGGCAUGGAUUUGAGUAAGGUCGUUUUGCCCACUUUUAUACUGGAACCUCGUUCUUUUUUGGACAAACUUGGAGAUGCUUAUUAUCAUGCUGAUAUUAUUUCUAAGGCGGUUGUCGAAGAUGAUGCAUUUACUAGAAUGAAAAUUAUUACAAAAUGGUAUCUAUCUGGGUUUUACAAGAAGCCUAAAGGCCUUAAAAAACCAUACAAUCCAAUACUUGGAGAAACAUUUCGUUGUUAUUGGAAGCAUCCGAGCGGUUCUAAAACGUUUUAUAUCGCUGAACAAGUUUCUCAUCAUCCACCAGUUUCAGCAUUUUACGUUACCAACAGACAAGAAGGUUUUUCUAUUAGUGCUUCUAUAUUGGCAAAGUCUAAGUUUUAUGGAAAUUCUACUUCUGCCAUUUUAGAUGGUAUUGCGGUUCUAACUCUAUUGCCAAGGGGAGAAGACUAUACUUUAACCAUUCCAUACGUUCACUGUAAAGGGAUAUUGAUGGGAACGCUUUGCAUGGAACUGGGAGGAAAAGUGUAUAUUCAUUGUGAGAAAACAGGAUACAAGACGGAGCUGGAAUUUAAACUGAGGCCGUUUCUUGGUGGAGCAGAGCAAACAAAUUGCGUAUCAGGUCGAAUAAAACUGGGAAAAGAAACUUUAGCUACAAUAGAUGGUUACUGGGACGGUGUUACUCAGAUAAAGGACAAAAGAUCAGGGGAAGAGCAAGUUCUGUGGAAUCCGACUGCAAACGUGAGAAAAAGUAGAUUGAAAAGGUACACAGUUCCUCUUGAACAUCAAGGGGAAAUGGAAUCUGAAAGGUUGUGGCAACAUGUAUCUUCUGCAAUCCUAAGAGAUGAUAUGAACACCGCAACAGAAGAAAAAACUGUCCUUGAAGAAGCACAAAGAGCACAAUCCAAAGAACGUAAAGCUAAAUGUGAAGAGUGGUUCCCAUCACACUUUCAACAAGAUUUUCAGACAGGCCAGUGGUGUUACAAACAUUUGGAUCUAAGACCGUGGGAUCCACGAAAUGAUCUCUACCAGUACGAAUUUAAUUACAUAAUUUGUACUAAAACAAAACAUCCAGCACCCAUGAUACGUACUGCAAGUAUAGUUAGUGUUGAUCCACAAAUGAAACAGAGCGAAGGGCGCUCAUCCGGUGUUAAGGUUGCAAAAAGGAAGUUAACAACCAAACAAAUAUCAUCAGACGCAGAUGUUAAUGACAGUGCUACAACAUCUGAAGAAUUUCAUUCGGAUUCUACACAUUCAGUAAAAAAAGCACCAUCUUUACCAGCUACUAAUUCUAGUAUAAUGCUAGCAAUUCAUGACUUAGAACAAAGCUUACAGGAGCACGGCGAGAAGAUAAAUCAACUUCAACAAAAGUUGAAUGUAGUAUUAAAAAAAGAUAUAGGCCCCCGUUAUUAUGUUGAGAUUUUUUGUAUUGUUUUCGUCAUUGGUAUUUUGCAAGCGAUUUUUUUAUAUUAUAAAUAAGUUUAUUUAUUUAAUGUAGAUAAACGUUAGAAACGACUACAUCAUUUACAGCCUCCUUUUUGUGUAUUUCAUUUAAAAAAUGUUGAACACUUGUCAUCUUGCCUUUUUUAUCA